CAUAGUUUCACGAGACCAUUGUAAGUACAAGUUCACCGACAUCCAAUGAACAAUAAACGCGUUUCAAUGGAAUGUCGAUGUACUGUGACGCUUGCUUGAAACGCUGCCCUGUAGUCGGGGAUUCCCCCAACCAUGUUCCCCAAAGCGUGCGUGCAACAUGUGCCUAUAUAAGCUCCUGAAAAAAAUUAUCCUUUCGUGUAGACGCACAGUACGCAAUCAAUAUGACACUCGAGGAUCUAGAUAGCUGGCUGGCUGUACAGAGAUCGAUACGGUACUUCUCUUCCACAUACGCUAUACGUCUCUACAUAGCUCUACGUCCGAAGUUCCCGCGAAUGACAUUCGACACGUUCUGCGAUAGUUGUUUGAUGAUUUAAAUAGAAGUACGUCGAAGCCUGUGCUAACAACAACAUGGGGAUUCCAAAGCCACAUUCAGAAGGAGAUCUAGAUGCUGAAGUGUCUGAAGGCAAAGUCAAAGAUCAUGACACUGCAAGUGCAAGGUCUUCUGAAAACAGCGAGGAUUUAGGUGUGGCCUUUUCUUGCAGCAAGUGGUGUAAGCAUCAGCUGAGCCCAGAUGAGAUCAUUGAAGAUUUCCUCAAACGUUGUGAUGAAGAAUCAGCAAAUUUUGUAGCUGAGGGUGCUUUCCAAUCACAGCUAAACUUAGAAUAUGGAGCAGAGGAAAGGGAGAAAGUAGACAUAUUUUCACCAAAAUCAGCUGAUAAAGAUGCACCUGUGUUUAUGUUUCUACAUGGAGGCUACUGGCAAGCAGAGCAAUUAAGUAAGGAUAAUAACUCUCUACUUGGAGCUCCGCUCGUCAAGAAUGGUGCCGUAUUGGUCACCGUUGGAUACUCUUUAGCGCCUGAGUGUACUCUACAUGAAAUGGUCGAACAGGUUAAAAAGGCUGUGGUUUUUGUGGCCAAAAGAUUUCCAGAUACUAGAGGGAUUUUCAUAUCCGGUCACUCAGCUGGUGGUCAUCUGGCGGCCAUGAUGCUGUCCGUAGACUGGUCAAGCCUUCUAGAGGGCAGCAAGAAUGUUGUCAAAGGUAUCCUUCCUAUUUCCGGUAUAUAUGAUGUUCGACCUAUUACAAAAACUUACAUUAACGAACCAUUGUUACUUACAGAGUCUAGUGCAUCUUCUGUGAGCCCUCUUCUUCUUGUGGAUGCUAUCCCAAAAUGUAAUCUUGAGGUCAAAGUUCACAUCCUGGUAGCCGAGUAUGAUCCACCUGUUCUUCAAAUACAAGCACAAGACUACAGCAAGCUACUAUCAUCUCUUGGACUAGAUGUUGAGACGAUGACGUUACCUGGUAAAGAUCAUUUUGAGGAGAUGACAGACUUAUCUGAUGAAAACUGCCCAUUUCAAAAGGUCUUCCUUAGAGCGAUGGGUUUGACAUCAUGAUGGCCAUCCUCCAAGUAAAGUGAACUUCCGUGGUAAUAUUUAUAUUGAUAAAGUAGUCAAGUAGAAGUUCAAAUUAUGGUUAGGGCAUAAUUAUAUAUUCCCCUUUGGCCUUAGGAGGAUAUCAUAGUAUCCAAUUGGUGUAGAGCACCAAUAUCUAGGUGCUUUAUCAGCGGCGCAGAUGAGACGGAAAAAUUACUGACUAUCCUGUCCAUGAUUCUCCUCGGGGAAGACUUGGAUAAUGGCUAGUUGUAAGCAAUGUGGAAUAGGCAAAGUAGCAAUAUAAUACGAAAAGGACUGCUCUGGAAAUGACCUUAUACAGUAUUCCAAAUAUGACUGCAAGUAGCACUAGUAUAUUGACCAAAGUUAGAUGCUGCAAGGAUGUACAGUCCCAUAUACAGUUAAACAUGUCUGUGUGGCUGCCUCUAUAUGAAGGCCACCUGUUCAUAGUGGCCAUGUAUUUUGUCUCUUUAGAGAUGAAGUUGAGUGAACUUCUGUAGUACUAUAUUAGUAACAUACAUGCAGAGAGGUAGAGUUGUGGUUGAGGAUAAAAGUUUGAUGCCACAUUAAUGUACAUUCCCAUAUACAGUUAAACAUGUCUUUGUGGCUGCCUCUAUAUAAAGACCACCUGUUCAUAGUGGCCAUGUAUUUUGUCUCUUUAGAGAUAAAGUACAGUGAACUUCUGUAGUAAUAUAUUUGUAACAUAGAUACAGAGAGGUAGAGUUGUGGUUGAGGAUAAAACUUUGAUGCCAGAAAAGUAUACAUUCCCAUAUACAUUGUACAGUUAAACAUGUCUUUGUGGCUGCCUCGAUUAUGUAAUAGCUGCCUGUUUACAGUGGCCAUGUAUUCUAUCUCUCUCAAGAAAUAAAUGUGUGUUGUAGAACCUGUCUAGAAAGGCCACCUGUCUACAGUGGCCACCUUUUCUGUUUUCCUUGGGUGACCUUAAUAGACAGAUUUCACUGUACAUGAUAUACCAAUGUCUUUGUGCAGGGCUUUUCAAAACUGAUUUACAGCAUGAUGUAUAUAUAUUGGUAUCAUUUUGAUGAUUCUAAAACCUCAAAACACUCAAUUAUUUUAAUUUACCAUGCAAUAAAAACCAUUCUCAAUAACUGCUUUCACAUUGUGAAGCAUUCAUGCUUAUGAUAGUUGGCCUCGGCAUUUAUCUAGAUUCUUUGAUUUACCUCCAUAAAUAUAUAUAUAUAUAUAUAUAUAUAUACCGGUCUAUAUAUUUAUUUAUUUUGGGGGGUAUUUCAAUUGUCACGUUUUAAACCAAUGUUAUUAUAUACAAUUAUUGUUAAUUGAAUACUUUUAAAAUUUGUUUUCAAAUGUGAAUAAUGGCAACUCUAUGGAUGGAAUCCACUUUGCAUACAUUAGUUGUUGCUAUGUCGGGGAAGAGUCUGGCAAGGUAUUUUAGGUGUCAACCAAAACUUUGGUUUAAAGAGUAUACAUAAAACUAAUAGUAAGCAGCUCUAUUGAAGAAUGGAAUUGAACUAUACUUAAUGUAAUUCUUUUUUAAGCAGAUGUAAAAAUAUUAACAAUUUUGAACAGUAUUUGUCAGAGUGGAUCUGAAUGUGUGAUUGUGUAUUCAUCAAAUGGCUGAAAGUCAUUUCAUUUGUGUGAAAUUAUUUCAAAGAGAAAAUCCAAACUUAAUUAAUAUGUGUUUUUAAUAAGAACUUGAAAUGUGAUACAUCAGUAUUUUAUAUUCUUGUAAAGAUAUGAGAAAUUAUAUUAAUAUUUGAUAAAAACGUUA